AUGGAGAAGAAGCUAGCUCUCACCUACGUGGGGAAUUCCCAGACGACCAAGCGGGCUCGCACGCAGCUCACCGAGAUAGAUUACGUCCAUCCGUGCAAGUCGCUUCAGUUCGUCCUUCUCCCUCCUGAAAUUAUAGCGCUGCCUCAUGCCAUGGAGACGAUCAACAGAUUGGCCAUGACCCCCCAAGAAGCUCUCGUUGAAGCGGUCAUGAGAAACCAGGCGUGCGAUUUGCACCACGUUCUACAGCGGUUCCGGUGCGAAUCGUCGGACACGUUCGUGGUGGCCGCUGGCUUCGGGAACCAAGUGGCCAUGCGUCUGCUGCGAGAUGAAAUCGAGUAUCGCGACGAGCUGGAAGUGCUGGCCACUGCAGCUGCGGCCGCCGCCAAGAACGGGAGGCUCAACGCCGCCAACUACCUGCUGGGCGAGUUCGAGCACAGUUUCCAGGAGCCCGUGGACGAGCGGAAUGCGUAUUAUCGUGUCGAUGACGCGACGUGGGUUGUCAUGGAUGAAGCGGCGGCGGAGGGCCACCUGGACGUGGUCAAGCUGGGCGUGGCGCACGCCCUCGAGUCGAAGUAUGUGGCGUUGUCGCCGUGCGGGUCAGACGCCCUGUACUGUGCGGUGUGCGGCGGUCAUGCGGAUGUGGUGCGCUACCUCCUAGGCCAGAACUUGUUUGGCUGGAAGCUGGAUGCUGCGCUUGAGAAAGCGAUGGAGAACGACGACAAAGUGAUCGUCAAGAUGCUGUACGAGGCGUAUCCAGUGUACGCAGACGGCCAGAACUUGUUUGUUCGAAUGGCUCGCGAUGCCCGCAAAGACGCCGUGGAGUAUUUGUAUGAUACCAUUCACCCCUCGACGUCGCUGGUUGGUGAAGCUUUCGUAGAUGCAGCGCGUUGCUAUUACACUGACACCGCCGAGUUCCUACUGACUACGGGUCGAGUCCCGACCGACGCCUUCGACAAGGCUGUGUCGAAUGCAGUAUCGUCCGGACGCAUCAGCCUGUUGAGAACCCUCACGAGCAAGAAACGCGCGUCGCCGCAAGUGUUGAUCACCGCUGCUACAUUGGGGCAGUUCCCUAUUGUGAAGUGUCUGCUGAACGUCCAACGACAGUCGGUCAACGCUUUGGUUGACGCUCACAACAUGACGCGAGAACCAAGCGUCCGAGCGCUUUUGCGUGAAACCCUUGAACACGAGUAA